UGCCAUGUCCAGUGGCGAUAUUCCAUCUUCUGGAAGAAAGAGUUUCCAUGGAAUAGUCGAGCCGCGGACAGAAGUCCCGCUAGACGGUUUUCGUUCCAGUACCUCAAUCCUGAAUUCCUCCUAUUGUACUUCGUCAAGCCUAGCGUUGAAAUCUCCAACAACGAAUUUGUAGAAGGACAUUUCGUUGUGAAUGAUUUCCUCGAGUUGUUCACAAAACGCGUCGAGCUCUACUUCGUCAGCAGUAGAUUGCGCGGAGUAGCAAUUGACGGUAGAGAUGGUCAUUAUGUGCGUAUGUCGCAGGCGUGGAUUGGCAAAGCGAGAAGACAGGACCUCAAGAGAAUCGACGAAAUGGACGACAGAUGA